AGAAGCGACAGUGAAAUCUCCGUCCGAAGGCAGACACUUGUUUUGGGUUCUCUUUGUUUCUCUCGCCCUUCCUUCCUUCCCUUUUGAUAAAUGCAGCUACACCUAUAACACUUCCAAGACCCAAGCAAGCAAGCACUCUCGGUGAAGAAGCUCAACAAUGGCAAGUUCUGCUUUGUCUAACGCCUUUCUCUCUCCUACUUGCCCAAAUUCUCACUCUUCCACUUCGCAUCGUCCCAGAUGCUCAGCUCUCAGAUUUUCGAACCCGGGAUCUCUGUCUGUUGGGGCCAGCCCUCUGAGAGUGACGGCGGCUAAAAGACGAUUCACGACGUUUUGUUCUUCGGAUGCUGCAAAUGUUCCAAAAGAAGAUGAUAAACCCAUCGAAUUAAAGUAUCCAGCAUUUCCGACGGUAUUGGAUAUCAACCAGAUUCGUGACAUUUUGCCCCACAGGUUUCCGUUUCUUCUAGUUGAUAGAGUGAUCGAAUACAAUCCAGGAGUUUCUGCCGUGGCUAUAAAGAAUGUAACAAUAAAUGACAACUUUUUCCCCGGCCAUUUCCCAGAAAGGCCGAUUAUGCCUGGUGUUCUCAUGGUUGAGGCAAUGGCUCAAGUUGGUGGCUUGGUCAUGUUGCAACCUGAAGUAGGAGGUUCUCGUGAAAAUUUCUUUUUUGCUGGAAUAGACAAAGUCCGGUUUAGGAAGCCAGUGAUUGCAGGAGAUACCUUGGUUAUGAGAAUGACACUUGUUAAGCUGCAAAAGCGAUUUGGGAUAGCAAAGAUGGAAGGGAAGGCUUAUGUUGGAGGUGAAGUUGUAUGUGAGGGCGAGUUCUUGAUGGCUACUGGGAGGGGGAGCGAAUAAAUAAAGAUACACUGCCCACUAAACUUGGAUCUAAUUUUGUUGAGGCUCUUGUGCAACUCUUCGGAUUGAACCUUUCAUUUCCAUGUAUCGUCUGAAAAUUUUGUGCUUUUUAGGUAUUAUCAUGGUUGUUUAAUGCUAGAUUAUCCUUCACAUGAACAAUUGGACUAGUCUAGACAGGGUUGAUGGAAGAACAUAAUUGCACUUAACUUUCAAUUCUCUUAUUCUGAGUUACUUCAACGUA